GCUCCUGACUUCAUUCACUAUGUUGGACGUUUAGAUGAAGGAGGCUCUCCACACCUCGGCCUCAAACUUUCUAAUGAAACCCUUCCAAAACUUUUGACGAACAGCAUUUUUUUUUUUUUUUUUAACAUUUGACACUUUAUGAGUGACACUUUUCCACUGGAAAUACUUCAGGGUCUUACUGAGAAGAUGGAGCCCAGUUCCACAGAAGAAGGAGCUGAGCAGAUCCCGCUCCCGAGAAGUCCGCCUGCUAAGGUGAUCCUCAAACACGGGCAGGAGCUGGAGGAGGAGCAGGAAGAGCUGGCCGAGCACCAGCCUCUGGAGCAGGAGGACCUCAACUUUGAACGCUGGAAGCGCCGGCCCUUGCCCAGGAGGACGCUGCACCAGAAGAUCAGCGACUUGAAGACCUACCUGUGGAAUGCCGAGACCAAGGAGUUCAUGGGCCGCUCGGGGAAGAGCUGGAGCCUCAUCCUUCUCUUCUAUGCUGCGCUUUAUACCUUCCUAGCAGCCAUGUUUGGCGGCUGUAUAUUUUGCCUCAUGUGGUCUAUUAGCCCUUACCAUCCCACCUACAACGACAGAGUAAUGCCACCAGGUAUGACUAUGGCGCCACAUCUGGAAGGCCAAGACAUCUCCUUCAAUGCCUCUGAGCGCAAAUCGUGGAAGCGCUACGCCCGCUCCAUGGACGAACACCUACGACCCUACAACGAUGGUGCACAGGAGAGGAAGAACAUCCGCUGUACGCAGGACAGGUACUUCAUGCAGGAGGAUUUGGAGGAGGAUGCUGAAAGGAAGGCGUGCCAGUUCAAGAGGUCUUGGCUGGGGGAGUGCUCGGGUCUACAGGACCCUCAUUAUGGCUACUCGCAGGGGAGGCCGUGCAUCCUCCUCCGAAUGAACAGGAUUCUUGGAUACUUGCCUGGCCAAGGGAAACCGGUCAAUGUGACUUGUGCAGUCAAGAAAGGACCACCAGAUGCUUUGGGAGAAGUUCAAUUUUUCCCCAAGAGUAUUUUUGACUUGAAGUACUACCCUUAUUAUGGGAAACUUCGACACGUGAAUUACUCGUCUCCGGUGGUGGCCGUGCGCUUCUCGGGAGUGCAGUACGACACUCACAUCCAGGUGCAGUGCAAGCUGAAUGGAAAUGGCAUCAUCAACGACUCGCCUACAGACCGCCACCUCGGCAGCGUCACCUUCUACUUGCAAGUCGGAGCGUAGGAACUGCAAGAUACUCGUUAUUCGAAAUACUCGUUAUUUGACACAUCAUAUCUUUUUUCCCCAUCGGUCCGCACACACACACCACAAGCACAAUGACAUCCAUUUCCUCAUAAAAUAAUUAGAUUAAUCCAACUAAACCAUGCCCAAUUGUUUUUCCUAUGCUAUGCAAAUCCAAUUAAAAAUUAAACCAGUAAUGCCUUUUAGAAACAUCCUUACCGAUUGGGUAUGAGCAUAUAGAAUAUGCUGAUUUUUGUUAGAAAGUUUUGUUGGGACGGUACUAAUUUUUUGUGCAUGUAUUUUAUUUUUAAACAUGUAUAUUUGAAGGAAUAUUGUGCAAUGAAAACAAGCCUUGCACUGUACUCACACAAUAAGACUGUGGAGAAAAUAGUCACACAUAUUUGUGAAAUUUUAAAUAAAUAUUAUCA